AUCCAUUGAGUGUUUCUUGAAAGUUAUAAAAUAUCAAGUUUGUUUUAAGUAAUUUUAAAUAUUUCUUUAACUCUGGAUGGUUAUUUGAUUGUUAUCUUGGAAUUUGGUGAAUGCAUUUGCAGCUUAUCCCACAAAGAUAAUUGCUUUCUGAGAAUCAGCAAAAUCCUUGUGAUGAUCAUUUUCCUUUCGUAAAAGAUUGGAAAUUUCAGAUUUAUUGACCCCCCCCCCCCCCACAGCUACCAUGUGAAAUUCUGAAUGGAAUUGUUCUGUGCCACUGCUGGUUUCAUCCUUCUCAUUUAUGAAGGUGAUUAAAGGAGGAUUACUCUCAAAGAAACCUUGAGUUGGUGUGUCCACAAAUUUUGCAUGGUCUGUGUGUUGCAUUCUGGGUGGCAUUGGUAUGUUAUCACUGCUGUGGUAUUGAAAAAAGCACUUUUUUUCCAGUAAUGAUAUGAAAUGGGAAUAAAAUUCCUGCUCACAUUGAUUGUCAUGACAUCAUUAAAGCAAAACUUAAUAUUCUGUUUUAUACCUGGAGAAGCUAAGAAGAAAGUCAAGUGCAGCAAAUUAAGAUCAAGUAGGUUGACUUCUAAAUGCUGAAGUCAAUAAUUAUUUACAACAGACUUAUGAUGGACUCAAUUUGUGUAACUAACAGAACAAAUACAGCAUUAGUUCAAUUGAUUUCAAAGCCUUUUUGAUGCCAUAUUAAAUUCUUAAAGAAAUAUUAGUGGGUAUUUCUAAAUAUGAGUGCAAAAGUUAAUAAAUUGAUUCACUUAAUGUCACCUUUGCUUUCUUGUUAAUGUGGUAAUGUAGUUCGUGCAAUUAAGUAGGAUUAUGGCAGUCAUGCUUGCAAAGACUGCCAAUUCUAAAUGCCUCGCCCUCCUGGAGUAUCUUAGCAACAAUAAUCUUUAUACCAAACAAAACGCCGCUCUGAAAUGCUGUCCUUAAUGACUAUAUCUUGAAAGAAAUAGGAAAAAUUGCUUCAAAAUACAGGAGAAACAGAAAGGUUGAAAACUUAUCUGGUCACAUAGAUUUGUGAGUUGGAGUUCUACCAAACUUUUGCCUUAAAGUAAUUGAGGAAGAUUUGUACCUCAGAAUGGUCGAUUCAGGGAAUUUCCAUUGCCACAAUUGUAACAUGAACUUCAGAUCCUUGGGACUAUUGGAGAAGCACAAGGACAAAUUUUGUAUUGGCAGUUGUGCUGAAGAUUCGUUCUUGUUAAAUGAAAAUCCAAGAAACAGGCUGCCUGGAAAGCAUGGAAACAAAAUUAGCAGAAUAAAUGAAACAAGAAAAAUAAACACUCCAAAUCAUAUGGAAAGAGAAUUGAAACUCCCGCAGUUUCGCCAACCAGAGGACAGUUUGUCUGACAGUCGUGCCUUUAGAAAAUUGACUGAUGAGUUUCACAAACUACAGAUGUCAAUUGAAGGAAGCUUGCCCACGUAUAGAUCUUGGCAAGAGGAGUCUGAGGUGAGCCCCAGAGUGCAGAGAGAGUGGGAACACCUGGAACGUGUACGAGAAAUAGCCGAAAUGCAUGGCCGUUAUUUGGCAGACAUUCAAGCUCGUAACAGGGAACUGGAGGAGCAAAGAGAUGAAAUCCAUCAGCGGCUAGAAGAGCUUUCAUCUGAAGAGCAGUUCACAAUCCACAUUGAACAGAUGUUGCUGGAGCUCAAGGCAAAGGAGGAGAGGAACCAGCAGUCUCUGGAGGCACUCCGAGAGCAGAUUGAACACCUUCAUAUGGACACUGUUGUCAAACAGAAUUCAGUCAAAGUUUCGGAGAACUCUUCAGUGGAGAAAAAAGAACAUAAAGUGCCCGUUCCUGUGGUGUCAUUUUCCAGUUCUGAAAGCCUAUCUGCUGAAAUAGGUGCACUGAAACUACUCUACCUUCAGAAUGGUGGAAAUGAUCCUGCUAUACUUGCCCAGAUGAAUGGCCUUCAGGCAGAGGCUCAACUUCUGGAGAAGUCCAUUCGACAACCAAAAGAGAGAAAGAAAAAACAUGAGUCACCUCAUAAGUCACUGGAUGCUGAGCUCCUGGCUGUGGAACUUGAGAACCAGCUCCUGGAAGAUGAAAUACUGAAACUUAAAUUUCAAAGAGAAAGGAGGAAGCCUGUUGAUGACCUGGAAAAGGAGAUACAGGAGAUGCAGCGUGAACACGUAAACAAAAUGAGUGACCUGCAAGCAGAAAUUGAGAUGCUAAGAAGUGAAACACACAGAAUGCGAAGAGGAUUGAGGUCACCUCCUCAUAUGCCUCAGCCUCCACUUCCUCCACCACCUCCUCCUCCUCCUCCUCCCCCCCAACUAGGUCCAAACCAACAUGCUUGGGUUCCACAUAUGGGCAACACAAGACCUCAGACGCCUCUGAUUGUCAAGCAUUUCCUGGAUCCUACAGAUGCUUUGGGGCCUGCCCCCUAUGAUCCAGUGGCAGGUUUUGUCGUUUUCUAUGAUUUCCUUCUUGGCCUUGACCCAACCUACCGGCUCAUCCGCCUCGUUACUGGUUUGUACAAUAAUGGACAGGAGAUGGGGAAACCUUCUGCCUUGCCUCCUGUGUGCUGUGAAAUGGGAAAUGGGCCUCACAACAUGUCAGAAGGACUUAAGGGCAACUUUGGAAUUUUGUCUGCAAGGCAACCAGUACCAAGAGUGCGCCCUGCCCUUGGAAUCUCUCUGGUAUUUGAGCUCCAAGCAGCUGGAGGCUUUGAUCCAUAUGGCCUGGAAAUUCAGCGACUGGUUUCCAGAGGCUGGGCAAAGAUAGUUGUGUUUGAUAAUCACAACCAAGUUAUCAGUGGCAGAUGGAAAGUUCCAAUACGAUCUCUACCAGUAAACCCGUCCCUCACGACUAGCCAACUCAAUGGAAUUCCUCAGGUUGGCAGUGCUGAGCUCUGUCUGAGAUUGGUAAAUGCACGAGAUGCUGAAAUGCAGUCAAUGGCCAGUAUUGAUCCCCACAGUACAUCCAUGUAUCAAUAUCCGCCUUUGGUGGCUGGCCGUUCUGUUCCUCCUGAAAAUCUGCCUCCUCCUCAAUUCCUCUCUUAUCACACUUCUCCAGCUCAUUAUCACCCUCUCACUUCUCACACCGGUCACGUUGACCUCCCUCCCAAUGAUGGACACAGUGACCUCCGCAAAUCCAAUCAAAGACUUGAUGAUGAAAGUAACUUAGUUGUACAAACAGCCAGGGAACAGGACAAUGAAAAUGUACUGGAUAAAGCGCUUGUAUUAAUUGUGGAUCGUGUAAGAGGGGCCCCGAAUGGAGAUGGUAGCUUGAGAUUCAUUGGGUACCAUCAGAGAACAGGGAAAGUGAUUGAUACAAGGAAUUCUGGCCUGUUAUGGAGCACUACUCCUGUGAAAUCUAAUAUCAAACAAGGCUACUUCAUCUUUGGAGAGCAGGAGAUGUCAUUCUGUGACGUGAUGCCUGAAGAGGAUAUGAUUCUGAUCAUCCGUUUUUACCACUGGCCAGAUGGAAAUGUCACAACUGCACCUUGGGACAUUAACCAGAGCAUGGAAAAAUUAACGGAAAGUGAGGAAUGGUUGGUAGCUUGGGGAGUGCUAAAACUGUCCGCACUUGCAGAUUCUCACACCUUGAAGACUCAAAGCCCUGCUGUAACAUGGAACUCUGGGACUCACACUGUGACAUUGUUUCAUGUACCUGUCCCUUCUCCUCAUGAUCUUCUGGUGCUGCCUGGAGAACACCUGCACGACAUAUGGCAACCUUACGGGAAUGCCACAGUACGACUCCAUCUGUUCACUGGUAGCAGACCCACAGCUCUCAUUGCUCCAGAAUCGCCUGCUGAUACAAACACAACCAAAGAAUGGCCUGCUCCUGUCUACGUACAUCAUGCAAGACAAUCGCCACCAUCUUUGCCAUUUACUGGGGGUGAUGGAUUUGACCUGUAUAUCGAUGGAGCGCGAUUCCUCCCAGAUGCUGUCACCAUCAGCAGAGUUACUGGCUGUAUGUUUGACCGGAACUAUAACCAGUGA